GGGCCACAGAACCGUUACUUAGGGCCACAGAAUUGUUACUCAGGGACAGACACAGAAUUGUUACUGAGGGACACAGAAUUGUUACUGAGGGCCACAGAACCGUUACUUAGGGCCACAGAAUUGUUACUCAGGGACACAGAAUUGUUACUGAGGGCCACAGAACCGUUACUUAGGGCCACAGAAUUGUUACUCAGGGACACAGAAUUGUUACUGAGGGCCACAGAACCGUUACUUAGGGGCCACAGAAUUGUUACUCAGGGACACAGAAUUGUUACUGAGGGCCACAGAACCGUUACUUAGGGCCACAGAAACGUUACUCAGGGACACAGAAU